AUGUCAGAACUUGCAAGAAAAAGCAGUGCUAUAUGGAAACACUUCAAAAUAGUGAACAGUGAGAAGGCAAAAUGUGAGUAUUGUUCAAAAAUGAUCAGUUAUAGUGGCGGUGGAACUGGAAAUUUGAACAGACACAUGAAGAAAAUACAUUGGACGGUAGCAAUUGAGCAACCCUUGGUCCCUCAAAUGAAUAUUGUGAAUCCUGUUGCCGAAACAACCCCCGAGUCAACAAGCACUAGCAGCUCACAAACAUGCCAGGCUUCAUGUUCAUACUCAAACUCUGCAGAGCCAACCUCCUCGUCUUCUUCUACGUCUCUAUUUCGGCGUCCUGUAGCACAGCCACCAGUGCAAACAACAAUAGAUGGUUUUGCGAGGUCCACCAGACCAUUACCCAUCGGUAAAUCUAAACAAUUGGAUGAACCAAUUGUUAAAUUUAUCGUUAAAGGAUUUCACCCAUUUUCUAUUGUCGAAGAGCUUGAAUUUAAAAACAUGCAUAAGAUGAUACAACCGUCAUAUACAUUACCAACUAGAAAAACCAUAUCAUCCAGUUUAAUUCCCAGAAUCCACCAAACGACGAAGGAAAAAGUGCAAGAAGUGAUCAGAGAAGCCGAUGCGAUAUGCCUCACGACAGAUGGAUGGACAUCGUUGAAUAAUGUGAGCUAUAUAGCUCUUACCGCUCAUUUCAUCACCAAAGAAACUCAGUUAAAAAGUGUUCUUUUAGGCUGCACAGACUUCCAUGAGCGACACACUGCAGAAAAUCUAUCAAAUUUUCUGAUGACCGAAGCCACAAAAUGGGGCAUUUCUCAUAAGAUCAGUGGAAUUAUAACCGAUAAUGCUGCCAAUAUAGUUGCUGCUGUUCAUACAAACAAUUGGCGGCAUUUUCCCUGUUUCGCGCAUACCCUGAAUUUAGUAGUUCAAAACAGUCUGGACGCGUUAAAAGAACAAAUAGAUAAGGUGAAAGCUAUCGUUCAAUAUUUUAAACAUAGCUCAUCAGCUUGCAGCAAACUUGCUUCAAUUCAAAAACAGAUGAAUUUGCCACCACUCAAAUUGAAACAAAAUGUGAUAACAAGGUGGAAUUCUACUUAUGAUAUGGUGGAAAGAUUAGUGAAAAUAAAAGAUGCCGUUUUAAGUGCACUGGCCAUAGAGCAGCCGAGGCUAAACACAUUGUCACCUGAUGAUUGGGUACUCCUGCAAAAGAGUAUGGAAGUACUUAGAUUAUUUAAUGAGGUGACAAUAGAGAUGAGCGCUGAGAAAUCAGUGUCCAUCUCUAAGGUGAUGGUUCUGGUUAAAAUUAUAAAAAACCAUGUGGAGAGAGCGAUUCAGAAUAAUGGUCCUGAUCAAUAUUUGAGGUUCCUCCAUAUUCUCCGUGAUCAGUUGAUCAAUAGAUUUGGUGAUAUGGAGAAUAAUCCUCUGGUGACAGAUGCUGCUUUACUGGAUCCCAGAUUUAAAAAACAUGGAUUCUUGAGUAGGGAUAAAUAUGAUAUAUGCCUCAGAUCCAUAAAAUCCAAAUUGCGAGCAUUGAUUGUUGCUGAGGAUAAUGUACCAGAAAUGUCAGAGCAGUUACCCCAUGCAUCAAACAAUGCAGAAAGUUUGAACGUCUGGGCCGAAUUUGACCAGGAAGUGGAGAAGGAUAUAAUCCGAAACCCCACCGCAGCCAGUAUCAUUGAAAUUGAUAAAUAUUUGAAUGAGCCACUAAUCAAGAGAACCGAUGAUCCUCUUCAAUGGUGGCACGAGCGCAAAUUAUUAUAUCCAAAUUUGUAUAUUUUAAUGAAGCGCCGCUUAUGUGUACCAGCUACUUCUGUGCCGUGUGAAAGAGUUUUUACAAAAGCUGGCCAAGUGUUAAACACCAAGAGAAGCAGCCUUAAGCCUGAAAAAGCCUCACAAAUUCUGUUUUUGAAUUAUAAUUGGACAUGA